AUGAAAUGUUGCCUGAAUGCAAUUCUGAAGGAAAUAGGAAACACUCUAGUCCCUCCUGUACAAAAAAUGAUAACCGUUUUCCAGAAAGUGUUGGACAAUGGAGAGGUGGUUCUGGAACUACUGCUGGCCAGUUACCAGCUGUCCCUGGUCUACAGAGGUCAAUCUGGCAUCGCUAUGGUUACCUGUCGAGAGAAGAUUCCUCAAAAGUCAUGGACCCAUCUUGCAAUACAGGUAUAUAAAACUAGUCUGAGUUUUUACAUCAAUGGGGCACAGCCUGGCUUUUUACCUGUGGAGACAAUCGUCCUUGGCAGUCAGGUCAUGGAUAGUACUCAAGGACAAAGCAGGAUAGGACAAAGCAUCACAGGUGCAAAUCAGUUUCUUGGACGUCUCCAAGAUUUCAAGUUUUUUACCGAGACAUUGACUAACAGGGAAAUUGAGGAGGUGUACAGUGGUACCUUACCGAGUGUGAGAGUUCAGUCCGAAUGUCGAUGUCAGUCCUCACAUCCAAGGGUCAAGCCACGCAUGGAGCACUACUGUAUCGCAAAUGGAGUGGAUGAUGUGAAUAAUGAUGUCGUGCUCAGGCUUAAUUUGGAGGCUCACAAUCUCCAGUUCGUCAAUGAUGGGGACAGCAACACAUACUGGAUCUCACAAUUCCAAAAUGACAUAGAACUCACCAUUGACCUGGAAGAUGAUUUUCAGGUUUUUUUCCUCAAUCUCCAAUUUUACAGUCCUCUACCAAAGUCUGUCUUGAUUUCACGGGAGUUGGGAGGAAGUUGGGGGGCGUGGCAGAUGUAUGCUACAGACUGUCAGGAAUACUUUGGUCAGACAGAUAAUGGCCCCCUCCCACAGCCUGACUCAGUCAAUUGUCUCAGAUUCAGAAGGGAUGCUGAGAAUACGCACUACUCGAAAGGAAACAUAACAUUCAGUCUUCUUGCUGCGGAGCCGGUACCCAGGCCAGGGAAAGACGACUUUUAUGGUACUCCAAAAUUAAAGGAAUUUGUGCAAGCCUCAAAAGUCCGCGUCAGAAUGCAGGACCAUCAGCUUGUGACUAAUCUACGGCAUGAGUACUUUGGUGUGUUCGAGUACAUAGUUAAAGGAAGAUGUAACUGCCAUGGCCAUGCUUAUACGUGUGACAGUUACACCAGGCCUUACAACUGCAGCUGUCUACCAGAGAGCUUCACACAGGGACUCAAGUGCGGUGAGUGCCAACCACUGUACAACAACAAACCUUACCGUGAUGGAGACCAGGUGAAUUCAUACAACUGUAAACCCUGUGAAUGCCACAAUCACUCAGACAGCUGUGUAUACAAUGCCAGCCUUGACCUGUUCCCAGAUGACCAUGACCUAGGGGGAGGUGGAGUUUGUGUGAACUGUCAGGACUUCACCACUGGUCAGUUCUGUGAAACCUGUGUGUCUCUGUACUACAGGCCCAGAGGGAAGAGUAAAUAUGAUGCUAAUGUGUGUGUCCCCUGUUUGUGUAGCGAGGCAGGGGCUGUCGGAGAUCUGGAUUGUGAAAAGGAUGGAGGGCAGUGUCGGUGCAAGACAAACACAGGAGGGAGACAGUGUGGCCUCUGUCUGCCAGGCUUCUUUAACCUCCUAACCUCUAACCCUGAUGGAUGUGAAAACUGUUCCUGUAAUACCGAUGGGACUGUUAAUGGAGAUGUAUCAUGUGAUACUAAAACAGGCACCUGUAACUGUAAACAAAAUACUAGAGGAGCCAAAUGUGCCGACUGUGAGCAUGGCUACUACAAUUUGACCGCAGGCAAUCCUCAUGGGUGUUCUCCGUGUGAAUGUAAUCCCCAGGGCUCCACCUCGCAGUUCUGUGACCCGGUCAGUGGUCAGUGUCGGUGCAAGGACCGAGUUACUGGACGGAGAUGUGACCAAUGUGUUGAUAACUACCAGAACUUCGACAAUGGUUGUACAUCAUGUACUUGUGACCCGCGCGGCAGGAUUCCAGGUACAGUGUGUGACAAAAGAACAGGCCAGUGUGUGUGUAAGGAAAAUGUCCAGGGGCUUGCCUGUAAUGAAUGUAAAGAUGGCAGUUUUGGAUUCGGAGGAUCUGCUAUCAAGGGCUGCUACGACUGUACCUGUAAUUUGGCUGGGACUGUCAACAGUUCAAUGGUUUGUGAUAAAAUUACAGGAAGCUGCAUGUGUAAAGAGAAUGUUAGGGGAACUAACUGUAACCAGUGUAGCGGAAAUACAUUCGGACUGAACAUCAACAUCACAGAGGGGUGUGAAAACUGUAACUGUGAUCCCUCAGGAACCAAGGGAGGUAACACUAGUCAGCCCGAUGAUUUGUCAUGUGACCAAAAUACAGGAGAGUGUACCUGCUUAGCCAAUCGGGUAGGAAGGCGAUGCGACAACUGUGCACAAGGCUAUUUCACAAAGCUGGAACCUGGUGGGGGAUGUCAGCAGUGUGGCUGUAACCGAGCCAGUGUUUACGCCCAGACUUUCUGUGACACGCUCACUGGACAGUGCCAAUGCAAACAGGGCAGCUCAGGGGUCACAGGGCGGACCUGUGAAGAUUGCAAAGAGGGAUUCUUCAACUUCAACACCCGAUAUGGGAACUGCAGUGCCUGUGACUGUGAUUUGGCUGGGAGUCUGAACUCUACUUGUGAUGCCAUCAAUGGAAACUGUUUCUGUAAGCUGUUUGUGGAGGGAAGAAGAUGUGACACCUGUAUAGCGGGGGCCAGCUUCCUCAACGAGAAAAACCCUUAUGGAUGUAGUAAAGAACCGGGUCAGCAACCUCCACCAGAGCACAGACAAAACAGCUCCACGGAACUCUGGCUCAAGUGGAAAGAACCGGACUACCCUAAUGGUGUCAUCAAAGAAUAUAGGCUGUUCAGAAAUGGAACUCUGGUCUUUACUGGCAACUCAACAAAUAUGACUUAUCAGGAUUCGAGAUUGUCACCUUACACAAGAUACACCUACAUUGUGGAGGCCAACAAUGAUUUUGGAUCCACCCAAAGCCCUCCUGUGACCUUCAGAACUUUACCGGGGCCCCCCACAGGAAUUGUCUACGUGACAGUCAGUGAUAUACAGGCUCAGUCAGCAAAGUUUGCUUGGAUAUUCCCUGCUAAAUUGAAUGGACCUCUUGCUAAUUUUAGCCUUGUGACACUGAAGCCGAGCCAACCUACAGUGAGACAGCGACACUGGACAGGGGUAGACAAUAAGACAGCCAUCACAGGCUUGGUGCCCUUCACCAACUAUACAGUCUACAUUGUCACUUGUAGUGAGGGAGGGUGCUUGGACAGUUGGCCACUCAUAUUCAGCACCAAGUCGGCCCUUCCAACAGGAAUGGAAGCACCUGUUGUUACCACAAUAUCGUCAUCCAAGCUAAAUGUCACAUGGAAACCACCGGCUCAAUCUAACGGAAUUAUAAUAUUCUAUGAACUUUGGAUGAGAGGCGCUUUGAAAGGUGAUGGAACCAGAGAUCCUAUAGAAAAAAGAAUAUUUCAUCCGAGUGGGCAGUACAAUCCCCGUCCAACUUUGUCCCCACAGGAAAUAGUCCUACCCCCUCCAGCUACAAACUUUUUGGUGCAGGGUCUGGAACCAUAUAUUGUGUAUGAGUUUCAGGUCCUAGCUGAAAAUGAUAUAGGAAAGACGGCCAGCCCCUGGGUAUCCCAGAAGACUGGAGAAGCCACGCCCAUCUCCACCCCCACCCCAAAUGUAUAUUCCGUGAGCCACACACAGCUGGAGUUGCAGUGGAAGCCUCCCUCUGAGGACCAGGCCAGGGGAAUCAUCACGACCUACAAAGUGUAUUUUUACACCCAAAAUGACCUCAACACUAACCCUUACGCACCACCUUACAUGUGGAAGCUGGUCAGUGUAUCUGGUGGUGCCUCGCGGUCACACAUGGUAGGAGAACUGAAUGCUUACCAGAACUACACAUUCAAACUAGGGGCGUGUAACUCGGAGGGAUGUGUUAACUCCUCCGACACCUAUGGAACUACACAGGAAGAUGUUCCAACUGGUCUGUUUAAACCCAAGUUCUUCAGCAUGAAUUCCAGCAUGAUUCGCUUGACGUGGGAGGAGCCUUUGGACCCAAAUGGUCCUGCGCCUUUGUACUCCGUGGAGAAAACUGUCCCCUCUCUGAGUUACCCCCCUAUGGUAGUGCAGGGAACAAGAUUCCCAGGGGGAGGGUACUACCUGUUCCCACCUGAAAUUAUCCCACCUAAUGUAGCAUUUACAGGAAUACGGUUUAAGUUUAAGACAAGGCAGAGGAAUGGUCUUCUGCUCUUCGCGGCAUCAGCCGGGAGACAGGAUGAGUUUCUAGCUCUGCAGUUCAAAUCGGGGAGGCCGUGGUUUGUGUUUGAUCCACAAGAUUGUCCAACCUAUGUGGAGAUUGACCCUUAUGCUGAUAAUGACCGUUCGUAUACUGAUGAUAAAUGGCAUAGUCUGAUCGCAAUACGGGACAAUGAGCUCUCAAGAAUAGAGGUUGACCAGUACAAAGGGUGUCCCUCGUUUGUGACGCCGACCAAUGACGAAGGCCUGCUCUACAGUGACUACCGCUGGCAUGAGUUGAUUGCCACACGUGAUGAGCGAAAAGCACACCUCUCUAUUGAUUCUAUUUGGCGAGGCACCCGACAGAGCCUCUGUACUAUGGGAACUGUGAUUGGUCCCAGCACUGGGGUUUAUGUGGGGGGAUUGCCUGCUGAUUUCAUCAUCCGGCGGGAAGACCAGGACAACCGAAUUAAGGUAACUCGACAGUCCUUCCAAGGCUGCAUGAAAGACAUUCAGAUCCUACAACAAAUGUACCCAAAGGAAGUAUGGAAGACUUUGGACUGGGCAGACGCCAAGGCAAAUGAGCUGACCUUUCUGAACUGGGAGGGUUGUCCAAUUAACCUGGAGCCAGGGGUUCAUUUUAUGGGUCAGGGUUAUCUGUCCAUGUUAAGCUCUGUUUGGCAAAUCCACAAUAAAUCCACCUUGAAGUUCAACUUCCGGACAGACCUUGCGAGUGGCGUACUGUUUUUUGCCCGAGGUGGGGAAGGGAUAUACUUCUACAUAGCCCUCAUUCAGAAUAGUCUGUAUUUCGAGUUUUCCAACGGAGUCGCUACUGGGGGCGUGACCUUUCAGCGUCCUAAUCUCAAACUCUGUGACGGAAAUUGGUAUCGUGUGACGGUAGUGAAAAAUGGCCAGGAAGCAACAAUUGUGAUUGAUGGAUACGGACAUGAGACAGCAGGGAAUUCGUCGCACGUUUUGGUAGUGUCAACAUCAGGUGAACUCUUCAUGGGGGGAAUCCCAGAGAUGUCCGAGGCACAGCAAUUUAUAAAGAGGCAUGACCUAAAUAUUCCUCUGGAAGGUUUUGGAGGUUGCAUUGCAAGCAUUGUGAUAACCAUGUUUUACCCCUAUUAUAUCAACUUCCCCUUAAAUGUCAUCGAGCAUUUACAGAAUUUGGAGAAUGUCAACAUGGAUGGAUGUACCCCCUUUAAUUUGCCAGACGACUCGUGUAAGCGCGAUAUUGUAGGAAAUGUAUUCAAUGGGACAGAGAGAGAGUUCAUAGACAAUGACCUGCAGCCAUACUCUGACUAUCUGUAUCGCGUACUUGCUAGUAAUGAUGCUGGUACAGGACUUAGUCCAUGGGUCUAUGGCAAAACUAAAGAAGGAGCCCCUAUUGGAGUAAGGUCCCCUUACAAUGUGAAGGUCCUGAGUGGGUUUGAGAUCUCAGCUUCUUGGUAUCCUCCCCAGUCUUCAGCGGGGCUCCUGUCGCAGUACGUAUUGCAAGCCUACAACAGAGACAAACCGCAGGAAGCACCGGUGGAGACCGUCUUCACUGACACAGCUGUCUACAGUGGUCGUAUCACUACAGCAAUACCGCACACCAACUACACAGUCAAGAUUGCCAUCUGUACAGGCGGGGGCUGUACAGAAAGCACGGACGGAGUCUCCAUCACUACGUUUGAAGAAGCUCCAGGGGAAGUAUUUGCACCUACAGCAGAAGCAGGCACAUCUUACCUGCUUGUCAAGUGGAAGACACCGGGCAUGCCCAAUGGCAUCGUGACAGGUUACUUCCUGUAUAAAGAUGGAGUGGAAGUGUACAGUGGAGGAGGCUACUUCUUUAACAUCACAGGACUCCAGGUGUACACAGGUUACCAGAUAACUGUACGAGCCUGUACCAGAGUGGGGUGUACUGACGGACCAACUACCACCCUCAGUACUGCUCAACUCUCUCCUUCAUUUAUGGAGGCCCCCUCUCUUGUUGUCCUUGGUAACACACGAGUGGAGGCUAGGUGGAGUGAACCAGGCCAGUUAAAUGGAGUUCUGCAGCGAUACCUUCUGUACGUUUCCACGGACAACUCAAGUGUGGGCCAGGUGGUAUACAACAACUCCGAUUUUUUCACCGAUUACAUUAUUCCAGACCUGGAGGCGGGCACGCAGUACUUUAUUAGAGCUGGUGCCUGUACCCUGGGAGGUUGUACUCUUAGUAAGGCCAGCACUGUAACUACAGAAGAGAGUGCUCCAGAACGAGUGCCUGACCCAGAGAUCUCCUCUCCCUCCCCCCACUCUCUCCUCAUAACGUGGGAUAUACCAGGACUCCCCAAUGGUAACAUAAUAUCCUACCAUCUGUACCAUAAUGAAGUCAAAGUUUACAGUGGAUUGACACGCUCCUACACCCUAGAAAACCUGACCCCUUACAGCCUCCAGACGGUCAGAGUGUCGGCCUGUACAGUCCGGGGGUGUGGAUCCAGCGGGAUGGUCCGGGGGCGGACGAUGGAAGCUCCGCCCAUUGGGUACAUUGUGAUGAACGCCGAGGUAGUAGGUGCCAGAACAAUCCGAGUUCACUGGAAUGCACCGGUCGAGGCUAAUGGGGUCAUGUAUUAUGACAUAUAUGCUGAAGGAGAAUUCUAUGCUGACAGAGCCUCACACAACUACACCUUGGUACGAGAGCGACGAGGUUUGUUCCAUGGUGGGAAUGUAUCAGAAUGGAUUGAAGUCUUUCCUCUCAUACCCCUGUCUCAGUUCGUAAUCCAGGUCAAUGCCUCCAACACCGCAGGCUUCCUCCUCAGUAAUACCCUGACCAUGGACAUGCCUCCAGGCACACCUGAUGGAGUUACUCCCCCUGUUCUGAUGUCUGAGACGCCUACGUCGAUGAAAGUGAGCUGGAAGGCAGUAGGACGAGCCAACUCGCAGGAACAGCCCCAGUACACUGUACAGUUCAGAGACCUUGUACAUAGUGGAACCACAAUUUACGAUAUAUUUGGACCCACAACAAGUUUUAUUCACACUAAACAAAGUUUGGUACCAUACAGCCAGUACGAGUUCAGAAUCGUAGCCAAGAACACACACGGAGAGACCAAGUCCAGCUGGAACAAACAGACCACACGUCAAGACAAACCAGAGAGCAUAGAUCCUCCCUUGAUAACAUCCAUUGGUGCCCGACAUAUAGACAUUGUGUGGCAGCCACCUCUGGUACCCAACGGUGUGGUGAUGGAGUACAGGGUCUAUCAAAAUAAUCAUCUCAAUGCAGCUGUGAAAGGUACGGUGACGGGUAGAAGAAUGGACUCCUUGAUUCCCUUUACAUCGUACAUUUAUGGUGUAGAGGCUUGUACACUGGGAGGUUGUCAAAAGAGUUCAAGCUCUGCAACAAUCCGGACGUUGGAAGAUGUUCCAGAAAACAUUGCACCUCCAAAGUUGUUAUCAUUGACCCCCACCUCAGUGCAAGUGGACUGGGAACCACCAGAGAAACCCAAUGGCCUGAUUUCACAUUAUCAGAUCGAGCGCCGCUUGAAUGGAACUGCCAACAUUACCGCAGUGACCAAAGUGCUUCCCUCUUCCAAGCCGCAGUACGUGGAUGAUAUGUUUGAGUUAUCUCCCUUCACCGUGUACGAUUACAGAAUGGUAGUGGUCAAUGGAGCAGGGAGUUUGGGUUCGCUCUGGAGCACCAUCAUUACUAAAUCCUCAAAGCCCACCGGAGUGAUGUCCCCUGCCAUCACAGUAAACAGCCCAACUUCUCUCACUGUGACCUGGGACAAACCUGUAAGAGACAAUGGUGUUCUGGAGUACUACAUCAUACGUCUGAACAACGAGCAACAUGAGAUCAGAAACAUCAGCCUUCUCAGUCUAACAGUGGAUACACUCCAUCCUUACACCAACUACUCCAUCACCCUCACUGUGUGUUCAGAUGGAGGAUGUACAGAGAGUGCUCAUGUCCCUGUUCAGACCCAGGCAACCAUACCUGAGGGUCAAGAGCCUCCCAUCCCCACCCCCAUUUCUCAGAAUUUCAUCACUGUUACAUGGGAUAACCCAAAGAGAGCCAACGGACCCUACCUUCACUUUGAGCUCAUGAGAAAGAUGCUUCGACAACCUUUAGAAGAGAUGGUUAUCAAAUCUUCCUGGCUCAGUAUCUACUCCGGAACCUCCCAUUACUAUGAGGACAGAGGUCUAUCAUUAUUUACAACAUAUGUUUAUAAGAUAACUGUAUACAACAGUGUUGGUCAGCUGACCAGCCGAGACUCGAUGGAGGCAACUACAUAUGGGGGAUUUCCUCGUCAGGCUGCCAUCAUUAAUGUUUUACCUAUAGACCAUGCUACAUUGCAGGUAUCCUGGGUAACACCAGAUGUGGUAGGACUACAGGGCUCUGUAACAGAAUUUACCCUGCGUGCAUAUAGCGACAGUCAUAAUAAGACUGAGAUGUAUGAUCCGGGGACCAGCAGUGUACUGGUUCAGGGUCUCCACCCGAGCACUCUGUACACGGUGUACCUCACAAUCACCAUACAUGGAGGACAGUCCAUUACUAGCGACCCCAUGUCGGCCAAAACUCUAGAUGGAGCUCCACUGGGCAUGCCAGCUCCACAGGUCUUUGUCAUCAGUGAUAAUAACCUCAGAGUGUCGUGGUCAGAACCAGAGACCCCUAAUGGGGAGUUGACUGGGUACUAUAUCUACCUCAAUGACAGAAGAUUCAGCACAAACUCGGCAAAGGCAGGCUCCUAUAUUUUGACAGAACUCCUACCCUAUACUAUCUAUCGGAUUCAGAUGGAAGCAUGCACUGCAUACGAUUGUACGAGGAGUCCAGUGGUCAGAGUUACAACCAGGGAAUCCCUACCACAAGGCAUGAUGCCACCUAAAGUGGUUCCUCUAUCCCCCACAGAGGUCAACAUCACGUGGAUAGAGCCCACAAGGUCGAAUGGGAUCAUUCUUAGAUACGACCUCUAUAGGAGGACUAUCGUGCCUUGCUCUUCCAUACCUCCUAGUACAGUGUACCCAGAAUACACAAAGUGUACCUACCUGGAGUGUAGCAUACAUCAGAAGAUCUGUGGUUCUGUCUGUUACAGUGGACCAAAGGUUUGUUGUGAUGGAGUGAUCCACACUGGCAAGCCCGAAUUUGAGUGCUGUGGUACAUCCUAUGUUUACAAACAUUCCCCAGAAGCAGUGUGCUGUGGAGGGCAGUUUCAUAAACCUGUCAGUAACUACACCUGUUGUGGCACAAGAUACUUGGAGGUGCUGUCAGGCCACACUUGUUGUCUAGAUGAGGCUGAGGACCGUGUUAGUGUGGGGCUGGGGGACACCUGCUGUGGGGAUAUUCCGUACCUCAACAACAGUGCCCAAAUGUGCUGUGACAGUGAGCUUCAUGUGGCUUUUGGUCAGAUUUGUUGUGGUGGGCGGAUCUAUGAAGGUCAUGUGAUAUGCUGUGGUGAUCAUGUGUCAGGAAAUGCCUACAAUUUUCAGCCUGGCAUGAUAUGCUGUGGAGAGAACUAUGUGAUGUCCAACAGAAGCCUGUGCUGUACCAGUGACACAGGGCAUCAACAGGUAUACAUAUACAGCAGCACUCUAGAAAAAAUAACGGCCAAUGAGGAAUGUUGCGGAUUGAACAAGAUUUCUAAAGGUCUUGGGUGUUGCAACUUCCAUGGCUACAAUCCUUACACACAUGUCUGUGCCGAUUUCUCCAGCAUGGACAGUGGUUGUGGUGUAGGGAAAACUUGCAAGGUCUCGGAAAGUAAUGGAUCAUUUUGUGAUCGAUGUGACUUUAACAAAAAUUCCUUUAUCUGUGGUUCAUGGAGGGGUAGUUAUGUGGCCACUGAACCAACAGCGGAACCUGAUCCAUCUGGUGUCUGUGUACUGAGUGAGGAUUUGGUGUUCACUGGAUUGAAUGGUACAUUCAUAGAUGCAAACCUAGAACCCUACUCUGUGUAUGAAUACACUGUAGACGUAGUAAAUAGCGCUGGAGGGACUCGUAGCAACGUUGUUAAUACGAAGACUCUGACAGCUCUCCCCACAGGGGUGGAUCCCCCAGAAGCCACUGUGGACCCCUCCCAGCUCUAUGUCAUCUAUCUUACCUGGGACAUUCCGCAGAAGCCAAAUGGGGAGAUAACUCAGUUCAUCCUUUACCGUGAUGGUGUGGAGUUGUACCGGGGUCUAGACUAUGAGUUUACUGAUGAGAGAACCGUCCUGCCCUACCAAUCCUAUGUCUACAUACUCAGUGCAUGUAACAGUGCUGGCUGCACACAAAGUCAAGGGAUGUCGGUGGCGACUGCUGAGGGUAUUCCAGAGGGGGUUGAUGUCCCAACCAUCAUCCAGGUCCAGUCAAAGAGUGUGGAUGUGUCCUGGAAACCGCCAUCCAAACCCAACGGUAUCCUGACUAACUAUGUCCUGUAUGUGUCUAAUGGACAGGCAAUUAAAACCAUACUGCUGUCAGUCACAGUGAGAGACCUAAAGCCAUAUUCCAACUACAGCAUUUCUAUUGAGGUCUGCACCAGAGUGGGUUGUACUAAGAGUAAGGAAGUCCAUUUUCAAACCAAAGAUGAGUUACCUGAAGGUGUUCUACCUCCCAGGAUUGUGGCUCUCACCACCACCUCGGUUCUGAUUUUUUGGGACACUCCAGAAUCAAUGAAUGGAUUACUCAAGUUUUAUUCCAUAAUGAGAAUUUCUCACCGGGGAGCCAGGAAUGUGUAUUUUGGUAAAGCAUUGUCUUCACCCGACUCGGGACUGGAGCCAGGCAGCACGUACAGUUACUAUUUAAUAGUGGGAACCAGUGUAGGCAACACAAGCAGUUCCAUUAAGUCUGUGUCUAUGCCAACUGAUAUACCUGAUAAUAUCCCAGCCUUAAAGACUGUGACUGUACAAAGCAGUUCCCAGGUCUACAUGGAGUGGGACCCCAUUGUAACAUCCUCUGGCACGAUUGAUCAGUAUGGAGUUAUACUCAACGCUGGACAACCGUCAGAGAUUGAGAAAAGAGUCGGCCUAAACUUCUCCACUGUAGUUACAGGACUGAAGCCUCAUUUUGAAUAUGAUGUUCGAUUGCUUGCUUGCCUGGCUGGUAAACCCAACGCAUGUGGAAUAGGAAUGGGAACCAGCAUCACGACCAAAGAGGCUCCUCCCUCUGACAUGCAGCCUCCGAUCUUGACAGCAAAAGGCCCCAAUAUAGUGGAUAUAGACUGGACAUCACCACUUUUUCCUAAUGGAGAGAUUAUCCAGUACCUCAUCUAUUACCGAAAGGAAGGUUCUUUUAUUGAGUUCUUGAUCAACAGAGUGGACAGUGAGAUUCUCCAUAUCAGCCAUGCUGGGAGAGAUCUCCGCCCAUACACACAGUAUCAGUACAGAGUUGUGGCUGGCAACAAAGAGGGGGAUGCGUCUAGUGGUUGGGCUUUGGUUCGAACCCUAGAGGCAUCACCUAGUGGUUUGAAGAGACCAGGUAUCAAUGCCACCAGUGCCUUCGGUUUUAUGGUUCACUGGAAUCCUCCUCUUAAUCCAAAUGGAGUUAUCCUGGAGUACAGGAUUGUGUACAAAGAAGUGAAAAUCAGUCCAGGAAAUCACACAGCAGAGUAUUUGUCAGUUUCUCCCAAUGUUUUUAAGACACUAAUUAGUGGUCUGAAACCUUACUUAAACUAUGAGGUUUAUUUGCAAGUUAUCAACAAUGUAGGAAACUCCUCCUCAGAAACAGUUAUUGUACAAACUGAUCAAUCCUCUCCAGCUGGUAUGCCUGUUAUCAAAGCUGAAAAAAUCACCUCUGGAACAGCCUUAAUUUUACGUUGGGAUCCACCAGCGAGACCAAAUGGAGUUGUUUCUGUGUACAGGCUGUAUGAACUCGGUUCUUCGGUGGCUGUAUAUCAGGGCAUUAGUCGUGAAUUUGAAAUGAGGAGACUUCAGCCUUUUACUUUGUACACAGUGCAGCUUGAGGCUUGCACAAAGGCAGGAUGUACUAAAGGUGUGCUUCAAAAUUUUUUAACUGCGGAGGCUGCACCAACAAAUCAGCCUAUCCCCAAAGUGUUGGAAGUAAACGCCACUUCAGUGGUGAUUUCAUGGACAAGGCCAAUUCAACCAAACGGAGAGAUUGUAAUGUAUGAGGUACUGAGGCAAGAGCAGACACGGCUAGUGAAACGAGAGCUCUCCGAUCCUCUUGUCAUAUAUUCCACCAAUGACACUCUUGGCUUCUCCUUUACCUACACUGAUAUGGGGCUUCGUCCCUAUACAGAGUAUCAGUAUAGCAUUAAAUCAACCAAUGUCAUUAGUUCAGUACAAAGUCCAUGGCAGACUAUCUUUACUGAGCAAGCUCCACCUCAGGGAGUAGCUUCCCCUGUUGUGGAGUAUAUUCCUGAUUCUAUUGACAGAUUAAAAAUAACAUGGUCCCCUCCCACCCGAUCUAAUGGAGUCAUUCAGAGUUAUCAGUUACAGAGAAAUAACAGUGUUCCCCUGAGUUUCGACACCAAUGACAAAUUUGAGUAUGUGGACUCCAUCUUGCUUCCCUAUACGUUUUACAGUUACACAAUAACGGUGUGUACGGCAGGUGGGUGUACUGCUAGCCCCCCAACCAUACUAAGAACAGUGGAAUCUCCACCAGCCAAAGUAGAUUCUCCAAAUCUGGAGGCUGUCAGUUCCAAUGCUAUCAAAGCUACAUGGGUGCCACUAGGUCAGGAAAGUGGUCAAGUCACAAAGUACCAACUUACAAUGGACAGCAGUGUUGUCUACAGUGGAGUUAACACUGAACAUAUUCAAAUAGGACUAACUCCAUACAAGUUGUACUCAUUUUCACUGACAGCCUGCACGCGAGGUGGAUGUACUAAAAGUGGAGAGGUGAGUGGCAGGCCAUUGGAUGAUGUUCCCACUGGUUUAGAGAAACCCAAACUGAAUGUCCUGAGUUCCCAGUCAGUGGAAGUGAUGUGGAAAGCUCCACUCAGCCCACACGGGAUCAUCACCUCUUACGAUGUCAGAAGAGAUGGAUCAUUGAUUUACACCCAGAGUCUCUCCAUCUCAGGACAGCUAGUGACCACCUUUACAGACUAUGGCCUGAGUCCUGGAACAAGUUAUUCUUAUGUUGUAAUAGCAAGAAAUAGGAAAGGGAGUGUGGAAAGUCCAGCUGCUAUUGCCACAACAUACCCAUCUUCUCCAGCUGGUCUCCGUGCACCCGUUCUGAAACCCUUGUCGUCCACCUCAAUACAAGCUACAUGGGAUCCACCUGUGAAACCGAAUGGACAUAUUCAGAACUACACCCUUCUACAAGAUGGUCAAAUAAUUUACAAUGGAGGAGCCACUGUGCUGAGUUACACUGUACCUGGCCUUCACUUCUGGACGGAGUACACUUUCAGGGUUCAGGCUUGUACCAGCAGAGGAUGUGAGCUCAGUGAGGGGGCUAAAGCCAGGACUCUGGAGUCCGUUCCUGAGGAACAGGCUUCCCCUACCCUCUUGGCUUUAGCAGACGACACUGGUGGACAUGCUGGGGUUCUGGUGUCGUGGGACCCUCCCCUAAAGCCUAAUGGAGUCAUCACACAAUACAAAAUUUAUAGAAGGAAAUCUGUCAUGGAGGCUAUAGGCAUGUCUUACACAGAGCGAGUAUCAGUUUAUAACGGCACUAAGACAAGGACAAAUGAUUUCACUACAUUACCCUACACCAGUUAUCAGUACAUGGUUAUGUCACUCAAUAAUGUGGGUGGGACAGAGAGCAAGUGGACUAGUAUCAGUACCAAAGAGGCUCCGCCCACUGGGUUCAGCCCACCGGUCCUUCAGAAUAAAACGGAUGUGGUGAUAACAGUGCAGCUGAGUCCCCCAGCAGUCCCUAAUGGCGUUAUCAUAAUGUACAAUGUCCUUGUGAAUGGAACAGUGAGAAGCAGCAGUAAAACCCUCACACAUACUGUGGGACGGACCUCCCCGCUCGUACCCUACACCUGGUAUUCCUUGAGGGGGCGGGUCUGUACCCAGGGAGGCUGUACUGACAGUCUGGCCAUCCUAAUCCAAACCAAUGCUGCAAGACCAGUGGGCCAGGGUCCAGUGCAAGUCAGCUUUGCCAACAGUACAACACUCCAGCUGAUCUGGAACUACCCAAGGGAACCCAAUGGAGAGAUCCUCAAAUUUGUCCUGAACCAAAGGCAGAGUUGCCCUAUGACCUGGCAGCCGUUUACCAUGUCAUGUCGUCUUGGCGACGUCGUGCGAGUGUACGAGGGGCUCGUUCUGGAGAGGAUAGUGAUGGGACUGCUUCCUUACACUGCCUACGAUUUCCAGGUUCUGUCCUACAAUACUGCUGGAGGGGUGGAAGAUGCUGGCUGGACAAGAGCAGAAACACUGCAGACAAACCCAGUGUACAUCAGAUAUCCACAAAAUUCCGUCAAUGGAUCUUUGUUUUAUGUCGACUGGACUGACAGUUUUGAGCUGAAUGGCAGACUUCGAGAAUUUAUCCUGAUUGUUAAUGGUCGAGUGGCUUUCCGAGGUGUUGGGUUUCACAGUGUCCUGGAUGAAGAUACAUCUGAUAACAAAAUAUCCUUUUCUGUCACUGCUGUUACUGAUGUGGGACAAGCAGAAACUCCCACCGUCGAGGUAGACCCAUCAGUUACCCCUGGUGGUGUUGCAUCAACCUCUCAGAUGUCUGAGGAUUUUUACAAGGAAGUGUGGUUCAUGGCCUUGAUGAUUGUGAGUGGUCUGGUCCUACUAUUUGCAAUGGUGGUUCUUUGUUUUAAGUGUAUCCAAUCCUCCAGGCCAUACAUACGGGAACGGUCCCCCCUCAGAAAGAGGAGAGAAAGGGCUAUAGAGGGCUACUCGGAUGAGGAUACUUCUAGUGGGAGUGUGUUUGGGACUGAGAUGUCACGGCAGUUGUAUGGUAGGCGGGGCCCAGGUAACUCCUCCUACUCUUACGAGAUGGACAUCACAUCGUCAUCAGCCAGUCCACACCAUGAUGAUGUUGAUGACGAUGAUUUCAUUAAUGAUGACGAUUUCUUCUGGAAAAGAACUUUUGACAGUGGACUGGCAAUGGCCUCCUCGAAUGUUGAAUAUUACGCUCGACAAAAAGAAUUGCAGGAUAUUAUUCAUGAGCAAGAGAAAAAACGAGAACAACUAGAUCGCCAGCUUCAAUUGUUUAGCAAGAAAGACGAAAGACUAGCAAAACUUCGAGCAACCAAGCUUCAGUCUUACUGGAAGCGAGUGUGUGAGGACCAACGCAGAAGUCAUCAGCGGAAUCAAAAUAUCAUACGGGAAUUUUCCCGCAUCGAUUCCCACCUUAGUGCUGUAUCAGCCAAAACAGAGAGGCUGAGACUACUGAAGAAACAAUAUGAGGACUACAUUGAGAGGACCUAUCCUCUGUGGAAAGAGCGAGUGACAGAGAAGGGACAAGAGAGAUUGUUCCAGGAGCAUGUACCCCCUCAACAGGUUCGCAGAAGAGACUAUAUGGACCCAGAAAUGGAGGAUGCGGAUUUGGGAAUGGAGGGUGACCCUGUAUCGCGUCGGUCAUAUUACAUGGAGGGACCAGAAAAACAUGGAAGGGAGCCACCUGUGUCUACUACCAAAUCUAACUCAGGCAAAAGGGAAGCAGCUGAUUAUGCAAAUUUCAAAGACAUAGAGAGACCAAACCAAAGACAAGCAGGACGGAGUGAUCAAAUUCAAUCAAAACCAGAGGUCACCAGACAAUCCUCAUCCCCACAGCUAUCUCGCACAACCCCCUCAGGGUCUCAAGUCCCACCCUCCCCUCAGGUCAAAAGACAAACAGAGCCCUCACCACAAAUGCUACAGUCUUCCCAGAUCUCUUCACAGCAGGUGCCCCCUGCAGAUAUUAGUGCUGAAGACAUGGAGGAAAUGAUGUCGCAGCCCAUUCAGAGUGUGACUGUCAAAGGAAUUCAGGGGAGACCAAUGGAACCAAGGAACACCGAAUCACCUGGAGGUAUUUCUCAGUCAUCAGGAGGAAUGGACCCUGGGGUCGAUGAGGAGGAGAGUGAAUUUGGAUCAGAGGAUGGUCUUCCUUUAAGUGGUGAGCACCACCCGCCUCCUUCCCAACCGGUAGCAGCAGACAACAUAUCAGAGCAGAGCUCACCAGAUGAGGAGGUGGCUCCACCUAUCAAGGCUUCUGUACAGCCCAAAGGGGACAGACUUGCUCCCCCACCUGAACUGACAGUGCAUGGUUUGAUGAAGUUGUUUAAGUACAUUCAGUCCGAUUUCCAGCAUGCUUUGUCCUUGGAAGGAUACUACAGAUCUCACCCAGCAUCUCCAACAGAAAGGCAGAGCAUCAUACAGAGAGCAAACAGCGGAGCAAGUUUAUCUGGAUUGGACAGUGAACUGGUUUCCAUGGUGAUACUAGAGCAGGUGACAUUAGUUAUCAGAAGUUUGAGAAGUCCAUGUUUGUUGCCUGACUCCAUUUUGAAUGGAAAUAUUGACACCAUUAGUCAGACUCAAAUCAGGGUGAUGUUACGAGAUGAUGCACAGCCGCUCUGGGACAGCUUGUUUGAACACCUAAAUCAACUAGUCACAUGUAAGGUCAUGACCCCCAAUGAAGUAGCAGCUGUUUUUGUGCCAUGCAUGGUGUCAGAUAAAUCUCCAUACCAAGACAAGGCCUUUGAGCUGCUAAUGAAGUUGCUGAAGAGUCAUUUGGAUGGGAGGACAGACUUGGGGAGCCCCAGGGAGGGGUUGGACAGCUUAACCAGCAGAAAUCUCUCAGUUGAGAUAGGGCCAGAUGGCAAAGUAUCAGUUCCACCCCUGAAAUUUCCUGGGAGUCUGAUUGACAGAUCACAGACUUACAACAGUGAUGAUGACACCAGUGUUAUAACACAGAGUGUCACAAGCUCAAAGAUACCCCUCAAUGCCACUGAUGCCUACAAGAACAUGCUGUCCGGAUCACUGCCCCAACCACAACAUCCCAUAGCUGACGAGGAGGAAGACACUGACGAUGAUGUCGAGAAACAGUUUGCUUCCGCCCUGUCACCUCGAGACCAAAAGGUAGCGGCCACUAUACCGACUGCCACCAGCAGGCUGAUGGAGCAGGACGUGUUGUCUGAUGAGAGCUCCACUAUGGCUACCCCCUUGUAUGUCCCCACUGCUGCAACAGCAAGCAGUAAACCAGCCAAAACAGGCAAAACAGGCAUGACCACACCCAGGUCAACAGGACUCUCCCAGACCGGCCAAAGACGUCCAGGGAUACAAUUCCAAUCUGACCUUGACACAGAUACAGAAAUAGACAUCCUCCCAAAGAAAGACGACAACGACAAAGGAGAUGAAGACUUUUUUGAGUUUUACGAAUAACUCGUUAUUGUUACUGCAUUGUUGUUAUCAGAAUAAUAGAUAAACAUGCAGAUUGUUACUUUACCUUCAAAAGACUGAAAAACUAGUCAUUCAUAGAUCAAAUAAUCCACGCUCCAGUAAAUGUCCAUUCAAUACAUGUAUUUGUAAAAUCUGUCAACAAAUUAUAAAUAUUUCACAUUUGUUUUGCUUGACCAUGUAGAAUGUUGUAACCCUUGUUAUAGAAACAGGUACAUUUAUAUAUACAAAUCAAGGGCAUAAUAAACUAUAAGAAUGAG